AUGAGGCGUAUGAUACUUAAUAUCCAAACAGUUGAUACUUUCCCCUUCCUUUUUCCCGUGUCUUUCUUAACCUCAUUAGUAGCCAUGGGCAAGUCCGCUAUCCGCAUCGUUUGCAAGGUUGACUUUGACAAGCCGGCUUCUGAGCAGCCAUACCUUCAUAACAGGUGGCACCCAGACAUCCCUCCAGCAGCCACCAUUAAAGAUGGCGAGACGGUCAAGAUUGAAUGCCUGGACUGGACCGGCGGCCAAAUCAAGAACGACGACUCCGCGGACGACAUCAAGAAUGUCGACCUCACCCGUGUUCACUACCUGUCCGGCCCGUUCGCCAUUGAAAACGCCGAGCCAGGCGAUGCCCUUCUCGUAGAGAUCAUGGACGUCCAGCCCUUUGAGGACCAGCCAUGGGGCUUCACGGGCAUCUUUGACAAGUCCAAUGGUGGUGGCUUCCUUGACGAGCUCUACCCCUCCGCAGCCAAAGCCAUCUGGGACUUUGAAGGCAUCUACUGCACCUCCCGCCACAUCCCCCACGUCAAGUUCGCCGGCCUCAUCCACCCCGGCAUCCUCGGCUGUGCUCCCUCCCAAGAAGUCCUCGACACCUGGAACAAGCGUGAAGCCGAGCUCAUCGCCGCCAACAAGCUCGACCGAGACGUCGCCCUGCCUCCCCAGCCCCUCAACGUCCACGCCGGCUCCGCAGACCCAAAUAUAAAAGAAAAAGUCGGCCUUCAAGGCGCCCGCACAAUCCCCGGCCGUCCCGAGCACGGCGGCAACUGUGACAUCAAAAACCUCUCCCGCGGCUCGAAAGUCUACCUCCCCGUCCACGUCCCCGGCGCCAACUUCUCCGUAGGCGACCUCCACUUCUCCCAAGGCGACGGCGAGAUCUCCUUUUGCGGCGCCAUCGAGAUGGCAGGGAUAAUCACGAUCAACUUCUCCGUCAUCAAAUCCGGCGUUUCCCAGCUCUCCCUCACAUCCCCGAUUUACAUCCCCGGUCCGGUAGAGCCCCAUUUUGGUCCAGGGAGGUACAUUUACUUUGAGGGCUUCUCCGUCGACCAACACGGCAAACAACACUACCUCGACGUGGCGGUGGCCUACCGCCAGACCACCCUCCGCUGCAUCGAAUACCUCCGCCGCUUCGGCUACUCCGACUACCAAAUCUACCUCCUCCUCUCCUGCGCCCCCAUCCAGGGCCACGUCGCCGGCAUCGUCGACAUCCCCAACGCCUGCACCACCCUGGGUCUGCCGAUGGACAUCUUCGACUUUGACAUCUCUCCCUCUGCCAUCCCCGUCAAAAAGCUAGACAUGGGACGCUGCGCCUUUGAGACCGGAAAGACAGAAGGUGAGGUGGUCACCACCGCCGGCAAAAACAGCGAGGUUAGCUUUGGUGGGGGGUUGAAUUAUAAGGAGUAGAGAGACGAAAAUGGUUCGGGACACAAAUUUUUUAGUAUAGUACAAACCCAUGAGGUUUUUUUAUUUCCAACUUCUAAUAUCAAUUGAUUCUGUGCUAUC